AUGGACUCGUUCUACGACAAGGCAAAGGCAGUUCAAACCCUCGAGCAACUCAUCGCGGAAAGGACCGAAGCCGCCUCAAGCCCGCAGAUGUAUCGAAUGGAUUCGGAAGCAACCGAAAAGUUCAACCUCAGCAUCCGCAGAGAAGUGUCGGACACGGCGUCGAGGUUAACACAGUGCAACGAAGAUACCGGAGAGGCGGAAGAGGCAACGGUCGCCAUUCAGGGCAUCAUAUGUGGCGCGAAGCUCCCGCCUUUUGAAACAUGGUCGAGCCGCCCAGAGGACGCGAAACGCUUGGCACACUCCCGACAGAGCGUAACGCUCACGGGAUUAGGCUCGCAGAGCUUCGAGCACAUUGUCGAGAAUUGUCGCCGAGCAUACUCCAUGUUCAGCCGAUACACACCAAACGCGAGACUGGUCCCAUCCCCCGAGUUUUUAGGCAGGCAAAGAGUCGGUGGCAGCGACGAUACCGACGAAUACUCCACGAUCACUGCCAGCAACCGCUUUUUCACGCCUUCGAAGCAAGCAGCUGGCCUGACAGUCGUCGACAUUAACUCCGAACUCGACCCCCGAGGGAUUCUUGAAAAGGUGGACAAAACUAAAUGGCUGCAUACCGAAGACAACGCCGUGGACUACUACGUAUUAUCCACCGGGGACAACGGAAGCAGGCACCUCCCCACCGCUCCAAUCGUCUUUCAGAUCGGCGAUCUAGUCGAGCUGCAAGCCUCCUUGAUCUGCAUCCCGAACAAGGGAAAUUUCACCGUGAAGCUCAUUCUCAGAAGCAUGAUUCUAUUGAACAGCGAGCUAACUACACAAGCUACCACCGCAAGGACAUUGAUUGGCCCAGCUGCCACACCGGUGCUGAGGCGUCUGAAGCGUCGCAACCCAAGCCACGGCAGUGCCCCGUACCCUAGAAUCGACGCAAACAACAACGACAAGAGUGCCAGCGUCGCGGUAGAUGCAGUGGUAGACAUCGCCGAAGACGCCGACACAGACAAUAGCGGGAGGGAUGAAUGCAUGGACAAUUGA